UAAGUGGAGGUUUUAUAGAAUCAUCAAACACUUUGAUGAUAACGAAAGAAAAUUCUGAAUUUUUUGUAACUUUCAAAUUUUUCAAGUUAUCCACAAAUAUUUUCCUCAUGGCUUUGUUGACCAUUAGUAUGGGCCAUAUAAAUUGUUUCUCUAUUGGCAAGUACGCUAAUCAAGUGAUUGAAAAAUAUCCUGUCGAACCUUACUAUUCCUCAUCCUCACCCUCACAUAGGAAUGGAUAUUAUCAAAUUUGUGACAUUCCGAAAAUGAAUAUUUUCAUGCAGGACCCCAUUUAUUUCUAUCCAAAACAAAGGUACAGUGAAGUUAUCAAGAAAACGUUGGAUUUGGGAAUGCAGAGAGAUUAUUCGGGCAACAUUGCUGCGAUGCACUUGAUGGGAUUGGCUGCGGCCCAAAGCCCAAAAGGGCCUGGAAGAAAGAAAAAAAAUUACGAUUAUCAUUUAUAUUCGUCUUAAUUUUAACAAAAAAUUACGAAAAAUUUUAAAUAAUAUAAUAUUCCAUAUUUAUAUUAUUACAAUACUUAUUUUGCUAAUGUUUCAUUUUUAAAAUUAUUA